AUGGGGAACGGCGCCACGGGCCGCUCGGAGCCGCUGACGCCGCUGGCCGAGGACCGCGAGGAGUGGUGGUCCGCCGACCAGCGGGGGUCCGCGCCGCGCGACCGGCGGCCGCCGCGGUCGCGCCCGGGCAGCGAGCGACGGGGCCGCGCGUCCACCAUGGCGCCGCCGCCCGAGCCGCCGCGGUCCGCGCCGCGCGCGCGGCGGCGCCUCCGCUACGACGACGCGAGCGACGGCGAGGCCUCGCCCGACGAGGAGCGGCGCCGCGAGCGCCGCGCGCCCGCGGCGUCGCCGGCGCAGCCGCCCGCGCGCGGGCGGCCGCCGCCGCCGCGCUCGCGGACGCCGUCGGGCGGGCCGCGCGACUCGCCGGCGGGCGGGCGGCACCACCGGCCGCCGGCGCCGCGGGGGCCCCCGCGGGGCGACCGGCCGCGCCCGCCGCGGGACCCGCGGCCCGCGCGCCCGCCGGGCCGCCCGGCGCAGCCGGCGCAGCCGGCCCCGCCGGCGACGCCGCCGACGGCGCGCUCGGCGCGCGGCGGCCGCGCCGAGGCCGCCGGCGCCGACUCGCCGGCGGGCCGCGCCCCGCGGUCGGAGUCCCCUCGGAAACGAGCGGCCGUCGGCGCCGAGCGGGCGGCGGCCGCGCCGCCGGCGGAGGCCGCCGACGAGUCGGACAGCGACGGCUCGCUCGGCGCCGAGGAGGUCUACGACUGGUGCGCCUUCGACACGGCGCAGGGCCUCGACCUGAUCUCGGACAAGGCCGGCGCGACGGCGCCGACGCCCGAGAAGCGCGAGCGGACGCCGCCGCCGACGCCGCGGCCGCGCGCGACGCCGGCGCCCGCGCGGACGCCGACGCCGUCGCGGCGGCGCGCGGCGGCGUCGCCGCCGCCGGCGGCGGGCGGCGGCGGCGUCGUCGACACGAGCCGCGUGUCGCGCCGCAAGGCGUCGCUGCCGACGGAGAUGGCGCACCCGAUGCCGACGUCGGGCGACUUCCUCAAGAAGCGGUACAUGGUCAACAACUACAUCCUCCUGGACUCCGUGGGCACGGGCUCCUACGCCGACGUGCGCCUCGCCAAGGAGAAGACGAGCGACCGGCUCUACGCCGUGAAGGUGAUCAACAAGCAGGUCCUGCGGCGGAAGCUCACGGGCGGGUCGACGAUGCUCGACGACGUCAAGCGGGAGAUCGCCAUCAUGAAGAAGCUGAGCCACCCCCACGUCCUCCGGCUCUUCGAGGUCAUGGACGACCCCAAGGUGAACAAGCUCUACCUCGUGCUCGAGUACAUGAAGCUCGGGGACCUCAUGCAGAUCAUGCGGGGCGACGCCAAGCGGUACCGCUGCGACGCCAUGGGCGAGGGGCCGCUCUGGACCUGCAUCCGGCAGGUCGCGUCGGGCCUGGACUACCUGCACGCGCAGAGCAUCGUGCACGGCGACAUCAAGCCGCAGAACCUGCUGCUGGGCGAGGACGGCGUGCUCAAGAUCGCGGACUUCGGCAUCUCGAAGAUGCUGGCCCAGGAGGAGGCGCUCCUCGAGACGGCGGGCACGCCGGCGUUCAUGUGCCCCGAGAUCUGCGCCGGGCGGCCGUACGCCGGCCCGUCGGCGGACGUCUGGGCGCUGGGCGUCACGAUGUUCAUGCUGCGCUGCGGCCGGCCGCCCUUCGUGGCGGACAAGGUGAUCCGGCUCUACCACAGGAUCAUCCACGACGAGCUGCGCUUCCCCGCGACCGAGGCGCCGCUCGCGCGCGGCCUGCGCGAGCUGCUGCUGGGCAUGCUCGCCAAGGACCCGGCGGCGCGCAGCUCGCUCGAGGCCGUGCGCGGGGCCGCGUGGCUCCGGCAGCCGCCGCCGCCGGCGCGGCGGCCGGCGCGCGACCGGCCGGCGCUCGCGGCGCUCGAGCCGCGGCGCGACGGCGUCGUCGAGGCGGCCCACCGUUUCGAGAAGAUUACCGUCUCCGCGGCGGACCUCGACGGCGCCAUCGUCGCCAAGCGGAAGAGCAGGCGGGCCCCGACGCCGGAGAAGGCGCCGGAGGAGACGGCGGCGCCCCCGGCGCGCGUCCUGAGCUCGCGCGACGCCGAGGACAAGCGCCGGGCCUUCGCGAAGAAGCACUCGAAGCCGUCGCUGCGGCGGCGCGCGGCCUCGGCCGACGACGACGACGCGAGCGACGACGACGACCUCGCGGGCGCCGUCGAGGACGACGGCGGCGCGCUGGACCUCGCCGUGGCCGUGCCGCCCGCCGCGGCGACGCACGUGCUCGAGCGGCGGCGCUUCGCGGCGCCGGCGGGCCUGACGAACCCGCUCGCGCGCGUCGCCUGCGCGUGGCACUCGCGGCGCGGCCAGCGGCCGUCGCAGGAGGACCGCGUCACGGUGAUCCCGGACCUGGCCGAGCUGCCGGGCUGCGACGACCCGCGGUACUCGGGGUACGCGUACAUGGGCAUCUUCGACGGCCACGGCGGCGACGCGUGCGCGACGUACCUGCAGCGCGAGCUCCACGCGGGCAUCUGCCGGCGGGGCGCGCAGCUCUUCGAGGACACGCGGCAGGCCGUGGCGCGGGCCUUCCGCGAGACGGACGAGCGGUGCUGCGCGCGGCUCCGGGCCCAGGACGACGGGAGCGGCUCGACGGCCGUCGUCUGCCUCUUCGACGGGCCCGGGCGGCGACUGGUCGUGGCGCACGCGGGCGACUCGCGGUGCGUGCUGGGCGCGCGCGGGGCCCGCGGCGCGAGCCUGACGCAGGACCACCGCCUGACGCGGGCCGACGAGCUCGCGCGCGUCCGGGGCGCGGGCGGCCUCGUCGUGAACCACCGCCUCCACGGGACGCUCGCGGUGUCGCGGUCUUUCGGGGACGUGGCGCACAAGAGCGGCGAGCCGCCCGUGCUCACGGCGACGCCCGAGGUGCGCAUCCAGAACGUCACCGAGGAGGACGAGUUCGUCGUGCUCGGCUGCGACGGGCUCUGGGACGCGCUCUCGGCGCGGGUCGUGGCGAACUUCAUCCGCGGGGAGCUGAACGACCACGGCGACCUGCAGCGGGCGGCGCGGGCCGUCACGGAGGAGGCGCUCCGGCGCGGCUCCGUGGACAACGUCUCCGUGAUCCUCGUCGCGCUCAACCACGGCGACGGCGACGACGACCGGCCCGGGAGCGCUGCCGGCGCGGCGGAGGAGGUCGACUAAGC